AUGAAAUUCGGCCGCAAUCUGUCGCAAUUCACCGUUCCCGAGUGGAGCGCCUCAUACAUCAAAUACAAGUCCCUCAAGCAACUCAUCAAGGCCGCCGCCGAGCAGAUCAAAGCGGGUCAAGAGCCUGAUCUGGCUGGAUUCUUCUAUUCCCUCGACCGAAACGUGGAAGAUGUCGACUAUUUCUACAACAAGAAGUACGCCGAGUUCGCCCGCCGCUUGAAGCUUCUCGAAGAGCGAUAUGGGUAUUCCAGAGACGGCCGUCACCAGCUGGAACCGGAGGAUCGCCACGACCUCCGGGAAGCGCUGCUGGAUCUACGUUACCACUUCCGACGGUUACAAUGGUACGGCGAGGUCAACCGUCGCGGAUUUAUCAAGAUCACAAAGAAGCUAGACAAGAAGGUUGGCGCACAGGCGCAGAAGCGCUAUCUGGAGACCAAGGUUGAUCCCGCGCCGUUUGCCUCGAAUUCCCGGGUCUUCCAGUCCCAGGACCGCAUCAAUGCUUGGAUGGCGAUCAUUACCGACCAAACAAAGGCGGACGAUAAGAUUGCUGACGACGCAAGCUCGACCCAUUCUUCCCUAUCACUGAAGCGGGGUGCCGCCCGCCCUUUUCUCAACCUGCCCACUAGCGUGCUGACUGCGGUGGAUGAUUCGCUGCGCAAUGACGAUACGCAUGUGCUACUUGAAUUGCUUGAGACGCUGAAGGUCACUUCUGAUGAGGCUGGUGACACGGUCUAUUCUAGGGUCUUGCGGACUUUGAUUCAGCGAUCUAUCCUGCAUCGGUCUCGCGCCGUGUUGGCUUUGUUGAUCAAACGGGUCGAGACCCUUGAAGAGGACGAUGAUAUCAACAAGCGCAAUUGCUUGCAUCGCCUGGUUAUUUCUAUUGGCCGCGACCAGCCCACGACUGAUUCCGAGCCUGCCGCUUCUAUGGUUCUCAAUUUCCCACCGGAGACUACUCGCUACAUCACCCCUGCAGCCCCUCCGACCCUUCAACCUCCCCGGGCUGUGGUCAAGGAAGAGCACAUGUCCCAGCAGUUGGGCCGUGAUGACCCAGUUAUUAGCCUCUUCUCAUUCUUGCUUGACUCACUGCGCCCUGACCAGCGUGAGUUUUUGAUGGCAAAAGACAACGCCGGACGAACCCCGCUACACUAUGCCGCCCAGUAUGGCUUCAAGGCCGUAUGCGAGGUGAUCAUCGAACACCUCUCCGAGUGGGAAAUGUUCGAUGUCAGUGACGGUAUUGACGGCCCCUUGUGGCAGGAUGACGAUGGCUGGGCCCCGCUGCAUCUUAGUGUUGUCGGCGGUCACCCUCAGACCACUCGCUUCCUUUUGGACUCGGAAAAACGCAACGAGGGCUCGCAGGAAAUAGGCAAAAUCAGGAAGCAAAUCUCAAAAUCAAGUGCUGUGCUGGCGCUCGCGACUAAAGCCAAUUUCAUCGACAUCGUUCACCUCCUUGUGGACGCCGGGGUGGAUAUCAACUACCAAGACGAACAAGGAGAGACUGCACUGCACGUUGCUGCCCGCUUCGGCCAUACUGAGUGUGCACAGAUUCUGCUCGACGGCACACGCCACCAAAAGGCAGAUACUGAAUUAGCCGAAGUCACAUACGGCUGGACACCUCUCUUCAUUGCCUGCGUGGAUGCAGCUUUGGAAGUAGCGAAGCUGCUGGUUGCAGCUGGUGCUGAUAUCGAGCGCUUCGAUUCCUCUGGCUGGACAGCGAAGGAGCAUGCAGCCCUGCGCGGCCACCUUGACAUUGCCCGGUGCCUGGCAGAGGUGAGCCCCGGUCCUCCGGCAACCGAGCUAGAUCUUUCCAUUUCCACCCCAAAUACGUCUACUCCAAAUGUCUCCACUCCGAAUCUUACUGGAUCCGAGUCAUCAUCGCCCCCAGCCCAAUCUGCACUUUUUGAUCGCCGAUCGAAUGCGCCUGGUCCCACGUCUGGAAGCUCUGGUCCGCGCAAUGCUGAACCUAUCAAGACAUUUGGACACAGGUAUCUCACCAAUGAGACCAUGAUUUUGGUCAGUCUUGGAACGAUGGACAUGCGCAAGCCGCUGGAGACGGUCAGCCUUGACCGCAUUCCUAUGGAGAACGCCCAUGCCACCCAGCUGGAUACUUCUCUGUCCAUGGUCAUCACAGCCAGCGGCGCCCACGGGGAGCCAGAGGUGAUUGAUCUGCCUGUGCAGGACAACAUUUCCACCGAGCCUAUCGUAUUCCACACCAACGAUCCCAGCAAGGUGCGUCUGCUUUUCGACCUUGUUCCCACCUACGCAGGAUCGAAGGAAAAGGUGGUUGGCCGUGGUGUUGCUCUGCUGUCUAGCAUCAAGCCUACUAUUGGAUCUCACCGAAUCAACCUCAAGGGAGACUCUACCGUGCCGAUUGUUGCUGCAAACACCUUGGAGGUUAUUGGGUCUGUGACUUUCAAUUUUCUCGUUAUUACCCCUUUCACACAUCCCAAAAUGUCCAUCACAGGAAACCAGACCUACUGGCGCUCAAUGAGCUCCACAAUGGUCAUUGGACACCGUGGAUUGGGUAAGAACAUGGCCAGCCGCAACUCCCUACAGCUUGGCGAGAAUACUGUACAAUCUUUCAUCGCUGCGGCAAACUUGGGUGCUUCAUAUGUCGAAUUCGACGUACAGCUCACCAAGGAUCAUGUUCCUGUCAUCUACCACGACUUCCUAGUCAGCGAGACUGGCAUUGAUGCACCUGUCCACACAAUGACAUUAGAUCAAUUCCUCGAGCUGGGCAUGGGUCGCCAACGCACUGGUACAAACGGACAGACAAAGGAGGCACCAGACCUUGGAGCGCGCCAGCGCUCGAUGUCAGUUGGUGGCUCGGAGUACAAUCCGGCCGAUUUGACCGAGAAGAUCAAACACACCCGUGAUUUCAAGAAGAAGGGAUUCAAGGGUAACACCCGCGGAGAGCAUAUCCAGGCCCCAUUUGCCACAUUGGAAGAGCUCUUCAAAAAGAUUCCCGAGCCCGUUGGAUUCAAUAUCGAACUCAAAUAUCCCAUGCUCCACGAGAGCGAGGAGGAGGAAAUGGACACUUAUGCCGUCGAGCUGAACUCCUUCGUCGACACCAUCCUGACAAUGGUCUACGACCUGGGUGGUGGCCGCGACAUGUUGUUCUCAAGCUUCAACCCUGAUAUUUGUCUCCUGUUGUCUUUCAAGCAGCCCUCUAUCCCCGUCCUUUUCCUUACCGACGCGGGCGCUUCUCCCGUUGGCGAUAUUCGAGCCAGCAGCUUACAGGAGGCUAUUCGAUUCGCCUCGCGCUGGAACCUCCUCGGUAUCGUCACUCAGGCCGAGCCCCUAGUCCUUUGUCCCCGCCUCGUCCGCAUCGUCAAGGAAUCCGGUCUCGUCUGCGUUUCAUAUGGAGCACUUAACAAUGACGGCGAGAACGUUGACUACCAAGUUGCGGAGGGCAUCGAUGCCGUCAUCGUCGACUCUGUGCUGGGAAUCACGAACGGCCUCAUCCAACGACAGAAUAAGGGCCUUACCCCAGGUCCCUCGCCCAACCCUUCCGCCAUCAGUGACCAGGCCGCUGAUCUCACCAAGGGUGCGAUCCGAGUCCCUGUUCUCGAGCAGACGAAGCAAAAUAACAUCUAG